GACAGCGAUGGAGGAGAGAGUUUCAGGGACCAGUGACAUUGCAUUGACCCCCAGUUCACUCUCUGUGAAGCACCAGGGUAAACAGAACGUGCUGAUUACUGAGCCCCGGAACACAAACAGAGACACAACUGGCGAGGGGGAGACCCCAGCUCCCCGGGGUCUCUCUGAAGGUGCAGUGGGAGGCGAUGCUGGACAUGGGAACACCGACAAACCUGAAGAGUUUCUCUACGCCAAUCCCCAAGUCUUGAGGAUGUCCAGUGGUGAUGGAUCUGUCCACAGGGAAGAGGAGACAGAAUACGCACAGAUCAGGAGAAAGACAGCGAUGGAGGAGAGAGUUUCAGGGACCAGUGACAUUGCAUUGACCCCCAGUCCACUCUCUGUGAAGCACCAGCGUAAACAGAACGUGCUGAUUACUGAGCCCCAGGACACAACCAGAGACACAACUAGUGAGGGGGGGACCCCAGCUCCCCGGGAUCUCUCUGAAGGUCCAGUGGGAGGCGAUGCUGGACAUGGGAACCCCGACAAACCAGACGAGCUUCUCUACGCCAACAUCAACUUUUCAAAGCUGCCCAGCGGUGACAGGACUGUGCAGAGGAGCGAGGACACGGAAUACGCACAGAUCAGAUUCCAGAAAAAAAGAGUGUGAAACAGGGACCGAGGCUGUGAGGUGUGUGCAGCCAACAUGGCCAAAUAGUAAUGAACAGAAAUAUGAUGUUGCUCAACUUUUUUUUUAUCUGUUCUGAGUGAGCUUUCUGAAUGCUGCACCUUUUUCCAUGCUGUAAAAGAUUGUGAGAAGCUUAUGAAUUAUGUAUAAUUUUACAUCUGUUAAUACAAGGUGAGGUGAGAGUGACUGCCUUUGACAUCAAGGCUGCAUUUGACCGAGUGUGCCAUCUAGGAUCCCGA